CAGAAUUUGCUCUCCAUAAAAGUAAAGUAGCCUUGUGUGUAACGCCAAAUAAUCUAAUCUUUCCCAUUUCUAAUCAACUUUAUCAAAAGAAAAGCCUUGCACAGGACAGGUCCCUAGCAUCUCCUGAAUUUCAGCUGUCUAGUAUGGGAAAAAUCUGGGUUGAAGUUUGCUUGAUAUCUGCUCGUGGGCUUCGACAUACUUCCUCCCUCUGGAAGCUUCAGUGGUUCGCGGUCGGUUGGAUUGAUCCUAACAAUAAAUAUUGCACCAAGAUCGAUUCCUCUGGGAAUACAAAUCCCAUAUGGAAAACCAAGUUUGCUACCUUGGUUGAUGAUGCGAACUUUCAAGAUAUGGCACUACAUGUUGAGGUAUACAGCAGAGAGCCCAUUUUCCUCAGAGAAAGACGUCAAGGCACAGCCACUGUCCUCUUGAAAGAAUUUUUGUCUAAGUAUAGCAAAAGCUCAGAGGCCUUCAAGCCAGGAAAAGAAGUAGGUAGCUACCAACUGCGCAAAAGAAACUCCAGCAAACCACAGGGGUUUGUAGAUAUUUCUAUUCGUCUCUCAGAGGACGGGGGAGAACCAAGUUCAUAUGCAGGCAAUGAAGGAGAAAUUGUGCUGAUGGAUCAUGGUAGCAACUUCGCAUCGUCUUCUGAAGGUGGGUCUCGGCAAGGUUAUCAGUCAGAAAUACCUCUUGCUCCUGUCAGACGGCCAGAAAAUCAAUCAUCAAAAUUUUCAUAUGCUCUUCCAAUGCCUUAUCCUACAAAUUAUUCCAAUCCACCCAUGGGUGGACCAAGUUACCCCCCAGCAGCUGGACCUAGCCAUCAUCCCCCACGCACUCCACCACCACCACCGCCGCCGCCUUCUAACGUUGGUUAUAUACCCACCUUUCUUCCAAAUUCAGACUACAUAAAUAUGCCAUCAUCUGCAGCAGCACCUGGACUGGGUCCCAGACCUGGGUUAGCAAUGGGGGUUGGUGCUGGGGCUCUGGCUGCAGGUGCUAUGAUUUUUGGUGAUGACUUCAUGUCAGGAUUUGAUAUUCCUGCAGGCUUACCGGAUCCUAGUCUUACAAUAUCAACAGAUCCUCCUUUCUGAAACGUGGGAGGUACAAUUUCCUGUAAUAUGUUGAAAUACUCUAAGACUUGAUUAUCUCAUAAUUUCCACCUUCUCUA